CCUCAUCCACUUGAAACAGAAAUGAUGGUGCAGUGGCUGAUGUUAAACAAUUGUCAUGAUUUAAGUUUGACCGAUGUGUGAAGUUUGUUAGUAUUUAGUAUUAAGCCUUUGACAAAUCUCGGUCCCUCACAUCACCGUGACCAAUCUUGACCAAUUAAACUGGUGGAAUACAGGUGUGGGCGGGGCUAACCUCGGACACGUUUGUGUGCACGCUUACGUUUUGAAUGUAUUUCGAGUAAGAUACAAAUGUGAAAGGUUAAAGUCCAGUAUCAUUUAGCAAAAGAGACAUUGCAUUUAUAAAACCAUGCGUUGAAAAAAAUAGUUUAACAAAGCAAAACAAAGUAUUAGCUAACAUAGCCUAGCUAGCUAGCUAGCAAGCUAGCGGCAGCAGCGUUGUUUCUAUGACGGUGGAGUGUGUGAACAUCCAGUGCGUUAAAGCUUCUACCAACAAGUUCCAGCGCAUUUAAGAACCUCUAAGAACCUGAUGGACUGUAGGAGAUGGAACUGGACCUUAUGCUUAGAGAUUGAAGCCAAGGAGGCCUGUGAUUGGCUACAAGCAGCCGGCUUCCCACAGUACGUGCAGUUAUUCAAAGACUGCAGGUUUCCCAUUGAUAUUGAGUGGGCCAAACGCGAUCACCACUUCCUGGAUACAGAUGCCCUGGAUUCCAUGUGCAGGAGGUUAAUCACUUUAAACAAAUGUGUGUCUAUGAGGCUGGAGCUGAGGAGAUCAAAACGCAGGGGGAGCUCAAACUCUCACACAGCUGGAGUCGAUGGGGAGCUUCAUCAUCAGGGAGAUGACUUUGAGGAAGAUUUCUGUGCCAUCAGCCCCAACUGGACCUAUGACAGGCGGACUUGUCGAUGGAGACGCCUCGAGUCCUCCGUGGACAUUUAUUGCUUGUCGGACAGCGCCUCCGAACCUCAGGACGGGUCUGUACGUGAUGUCAGUGACCGCCAUGAGGUCUGUUCUGUCCACAGCUCCUGCAGCACUGACAGCGACAGGCACAAUGGACCCGGCAGGAUCGAUCAAGAACCUGCUCGCGUCGUAGUCACUGCUGCCGGCACCGCAGAUGACCAAGAGACCAGCAGGAGCUCCUCACGCUGCUCCUCCACAAACAAGACCCCCUCCCUGGACAGCUCGUUCAGUGGACCCCCGUCCCCUGGGGGCAGCGGUGAAGGCUCGUCCACUGUGAGUCUGGAAGCUGAGAGCUGCUCCUCAGGCAAAUCGCCUAGAAGGAAGUGUACCACUCUGUUGAGGAAGACGGAGAAACUAAAGCUGAGGGGCUCAACUGGACCUUUCCCGUCUGGUCAGACGGACAGCAGUCGGAUCCAGCAUGUUAUCAGCCGACCAGUUCUAAUCCAAGAGGACAGGUUGGAGAGGCCACGGUGCCUGUCAAGUUGGCAGGGUCAUCCUAGCAGCCCGGCACCUUCCUCACCCUCAUCUCCUCCCACCACCAGCAGCAGCAGCAGCAGCGCCGUCAGCACACCCAGCCCUGUCGCCAGAGUUAGGAGUAAGUGCAAACGCACCAGUAGAGGCAGAACGAGCCGGGACAACCAGAACCACACUGGGACAGAGACUUACAGAAACCAAAUCAACAACAGCAACCGCAGCCAUGAGAACGUGCUCUUCCAGCUUCCUGACGGACACAAAGCAGGGACCUUCCCCACCUCCCUUGCACACAAACACCAGGUCAUGACUGCCAUUAUUGAUGACACGUCUGUCAACUGGAGCACUGGGAGCUUCCACGGUUGUGGAGGGCGGAGCAGUUGCCGUCACGGCACACCUGACGGCGCCGGGGUUCCCAGCCCGGUUCUGCUGGAUCACCGGCUGAGCAUUUAUGACAAUGUCCCCGGCAAGCAGCCCUUAUCUGACAGUGAAGGUGGCAGCGACACCGAGCCAGUGGGCGAGGAGUCGGAGACGCCGUUGGGAGAUGAAGAUGUUUUCUCAGCUCUGGACAACGUCUUAGAGAGGAUUAGCAACCUCCAGCAGCUGGUCAAAACCUGGUCAGAAAACCUCUUUGAAGACGACUCUCAGAAAAGCUCCUCGUCGUCCGAAGACUCCCCCUCCCCCUGCCCGUCCUCUCCCAGCCACAUCCACCUGGAGGCACAGCACCCGGAGGCGAUGGAGGCGAUGGAGGCGAUGGAGGCGAUGGAGGAGAUGGAGGCGAUGGAGGAGAUGGAGGAGAUGGAGGCGAUGGAGGAGGCAGAAAGCUGUGGCAAAGUUCCAGCCAGUGAAGCAGAGCCAACGAGAGCACCGAAACCGAGGAGCAGCAAACAGAACCUGCCCUGUGCGGCUGCCAGUCCAGGACUAGAGAACCAGUCCGUCUCCCAGUUUUCUCUGCUGCAGAAGCUCUCCCUGCUCAAGCUCACGGCUCUGAUGGACAAAUACUCCCCGUGCAGCAAGCAGGGCUGGAGCUGGACUGUCCCUAAACCUCUGGGAAAAGCUGAGGUAAUGGAGGUCAAAGGUCGGCGGGUGUUCGGGGUUCCUCUACUUCUAAAUGUCCAGCAGACAGGAGAAGCGCUUCCUCCCAGCAUCCUCAGAGCUCUGCUCUAUCUGAGGACCCAGUGCCUGGACCAGGUUGGUCUUUUUCGAAAGUCGGGACUGAAAUCUCGUAUCCGGCGUCUCCGUGAGUUGGUGGAGUCGGACCCUGACGGCGUUUCAUAUGAGGGUCAGUCUGCCUUCGACGUAGCCGACAUGGUGAAGCAGUACUUCAGAGAUCUGCCUGAGCCCAUCUUCACCAGCAAACUUUACGAGUCCUUUCUUCACAUCUACCAAUAUUUUCCAAAGGACCAGCAGCUGGUUGCGGUUCAGGCGGCCAUCUUGCUGCUUCCUGAUGAGAACAGAGAGGCUCUGCGCUCACUCUUCUUCCUCCUGUGGGACGUGGUGGCCUGCGUGGAGGAGAACCAGAUGACUCCCACCAACAUCGCCGUCUGCCUGGCACCAUCGCUUUUCCAUCUGAAUACUGUGAAGAGAGACACCAAGGCAGCGAGGUCGAGUCACAGGAAGUACAGCCUGGGCCGCCCAGACCAGCGCCACCUGAGUGAGAACCUGGCUGCGACUCAGGGCCUGGCCAACAUGAUCACCGAGGCUCAGAGACUCUUCCAACUUCCUGAAUUUUGGCCUGGUCAGAGCUGCGCUGUGGAAGGAGGCGGCCCAGGCUCACAGGACCCCCCUCAGACCGGCGGUGCAGCCGACGUGGACCAAGAGGAGAGAAGGUCCGAGCUGCAGACAAGCACCCAGCGGCUCCUCAAGGAGGCCAGCGAGAGGAGCCGAGGCUGGCAGAGCCGCCCAGCUCCAGAACACGUAGAGCUGGCCUUCAAGAAGGUGAGAGUAGGUUACAACUACACAGACCGUAGCUGCUCUGUGGCCACUUGGCGAGGGUCUAUGUGGGCUGCUCCCCAGCUGCACGACGGAUGUCCGCUCUGGAUGUGGCGCGGGUCCGUGGAGGUGGACGCCUCCCACCAGGAGCUGCUGCACCGGCUGCUGAGGGAGCAGGAGCUGUGGGUGAGAAACCUGCGUCAGGCCGCUGUGGUCCAGACGUUGGCCACAAACACCGAGGUCCAUGUCCUCAGGAGCCACGGCCACGACCUGGACCCCCGACCUCCACAGGAGCACCUGCUGCUCAGGCGGAGCCGUCCUCCGGGCCGCUCUACCUGUCGUCCGUGUCCACGCACCAUCCCCAGGUGCCGGUGGAGGGGGUCCGGGUCCACGUGCACUCCUGUCUCUACCUGCUGGAGCCCACGGGGGCCAGGAAGACGCUACUGACGCAUCUGUGUCGCACAGACACCCGGGACCGGUCGCUGGAGUGGCACUGCAGAGUGAGCGGACGCCGCCUGGCCUCCGGCCUGUUGGCGAUCAGAGACUCCUUCCGACCAGACUGCAAGGAGACAAAGAUAUGAGGCAGCGGAGGCGCUGCUCAGUGUGACUGAAGUGGAGCUGGAGGGAGGGGGUGAGGAGGGGGCUCAGCCUCCGUCCAUCGGCUCUGCUGCAGCUGCCGCCUGCACCGUUGCUGUUUACACCCAACAGCAAACCCACAAGCUUUGGAAAGUAUUUCCUGUAGCGAGAGAAGAAGAGAGGGCAGAGCGCUUUGGAGUCUGACGCUGUGACAGCAGCUCACAGACACAAACCCAAGCCCUGCUGCAUCCUGCUGACGUCUACCUCUCCACAGGACACCACAGACCAAGAGCUGCGUCCUGGCUCCGUGACGGACGAGCAGACGAGUCCCUGCAUUUUAACAUCAGUAUUUAUUCUCCAGCCUCCUGUGAUGAUGAUGUAGUAAAGCAGGUCUGUUCGCUGCCCUGCUGCGAGAACAUGUACAACUCAAACAUUGCAAAACAUUAAAAGCACAUUAAGUUAAACAUAUUAAAUAUUGCUCUUUCA